AUGGAUACUCCUACCAGACUCAUGGCCGGCGCAACCAGCACUCUCCGAAGAGUGGAGUGCAACGGAAGCUCGCCCAGAUUCGUCUCACGGUUGAGAAAGGUCCACGACUCAUUACCUGUUAGGUACAUCUCUCCAGAGACCUUGGAGAAAGCGAGGCUCUUCUGGAUUCAGGCAACUCAAGCAACGUACUUCUCUCACGAGCUCAAGGCGCUACAAGCCGACUCACCGUUGGCAAAGGCACACGCAUUCAACCGAUUAACUGCGUACAUCGACGCUCAAGGAGUCAUUCGCGUCGGCGGACGACUCGCUCACGCAGCUCUCUCACUCGACGCGACACAUCCUGCAAUAUUGCCUCGUCACUCUCAGCUGUCGUCAUUGAUCAUCGCUCACGCUCAUCAAUGGACUCUACAUGGAGGCACGCAGCUUACGCUGUCGCACAUCCGACAACAGUACUGGAUUCUCGGCGGAAGGGCUCCUGUCAAGUUUCACAUUCUGCGGCACGACCGUUCACUCAUACAGGUGUGGACUACGCAGGGCCACUCACCGUCAAGGCCUGGAAAGGGAGAGGUGCCAAAACCACUAAAGGCUGGAUUUGCGUCUUCGUCUGCUUCUCAACCUCAGCAGUACACCUCUAGGCGACGCGGCAUUGCUCAUACCGUACGCUCAGAUUGCGGCACCAAUUUCAUCGGCGCGGAUACAGCUCUCAAAAGGCUGUUUAUCCAGCUCACUCAAGAACAUCAGCGCAUUUCUCAACUGCUCUCGCAAGACAACACCCGAUGGGAAUUCAAUCCCCCAGCGACACCUCACAUGGGAGGAAAAUGGGAGGCCGUCGUAAAAUCAACCAAGCAUCGUUUACGGCACACCAUUGGAGAAAGCGUGCUCACCUGUGAGAAGCUCUCCACAUUGCUCACCCAAAUUGAGGCAAUUCUCAACUCGCGACCUCUCAAACCAUUGAGUGACGACGCAGACGACAUCUCAGCACUCACGCCAGGUCACUUCCUCGUCGGAAGUCCUCUCACCGCCAUACCAGAGCCAUCAUUGACCUGGCAAUCUCAAGACUCGCGAUGGCAACUCAUCCAGCAAGAAGCACAACAUUUUUGGACACAAUGGUCAUCGCAUUACCUACAACGUCAACAAGCCGUCUCAAAAUGGCACCACAGGAACAACGAGAUCAAGAUCGGAUCAUUGGUGCUCAUCACCGACGAGCGGCUACCACCAUGCAAAUGGCCGUUAGCCCGGAUAAUUGCCCUACAUCCUGGGAAGGAUGGCCUCGUGCGGGUGGUGACUUUGAAGACGGCCACUACCACUCUCAUUCGACCAGUGAUCAAGCUCUCCGUCCUGCCAAUUUCAUCAUAA